AUGAGGCAGCAGUAUGUCCUGGCAGCCAAGAGGGCAAACUGCAUCCUGAGGUGCAUUGAUCACAGUAUAACCAGUCGGUCAACAGAGGACUUCUGCUUCUUGUUGUCUACCAGAGCUGGAGGGUUAGGUAUAAACUUGGCAUCUGCUGACACUGUAGUUAUAUUUGAUUCUGACUGGAAUCCACAGAAUGAUCUGCAAGCACAGGCUAGAGCUCAUAGGAUUGGACAGAAGAAACAGGUAAAUAUUUAUCGGCUAGUCACAAAAGGAUCAGUAGAAGAAGAUAUUCUUGAAAGAGCUAAGAAAAAGAUGGUAUUAGAUCACUUAGUAAUUCAGAGAAUGGACACUACAGGGAAAACUGUACUACAUACAGGCUCUACUCCUUCCAGCUCAACGCCUUUUAAUAAGGAAGAGUUAUCAGCAAUUUUGAAGUUUGGUGCUGAGGAACUUUUUAAAGAACCUGAAGGAGAAGAAGAGGAGCCUCAGGAAAUGGAUAUAGAUGAAAUCCUAAAGAGGGCUGAAACUCGAGAAAAUGAGCCAGGCCCAUUAACUGUAGGAGAUGAGUUACUUUCACAGUUCAAGGUAGCUAACUUUUCCAAUAUGGAUGAAGAUGACAUUGAGCUGGAACCAGAACAAAAUUUAAGAAACUGGGAAGAAAUCAUUCCAGAAGUUCAGCGGCGACGAAUAGAAGAGGAGGAAAGACAAAAAGAGCUUGAAGAAAUAUAUAUGCUCCCAAGGAUGAGAAACUGUGCAAAACAGAUCAGCUUUAAUGGAAGUGAAGGGAAACGCAAUAGGAGCAGAAGAUAUUCUGGAUCUGAUAGUGACUCCAUUUCAGAAAGAAAACGACCAAAAAAACGUGGACGACCACGAACUAUUCCUCGAGAAAAUAUUAAAGGAUUUAGCGAUGCAGAGAUUAGGCGGUUUAUCAAGAGUUACAAGAAAUUUGGUGGCCCACUUGAAAGGUUAGAUGCUAUAGCUAGAGAUGCUGAGCUAGUUGAUAAAUCUGAGAUGGACCUUAGACGUCUAGGAGAACUUGUACAUAAUGGAUGCAUUAAGGCUUUAAAGGACAAUUCCUUUGGACAAGAAAGAACAGGAAGCAGACUUGGGAAAGUUAAAGGCCCAACAUUCCGAAUAUCAGGAGUGCAGGUGAAUGCAAAGCUAGUCAUCUCUCAUGAAGAAGAGUUAGCACCAUUGCACAAAUCCAUUCCUUCAGAUCCAGAAGAAAGGAAAAGAUAUGUCAUCCCAUGCCACACCAAGGCAGCUCAUUUUGAUGUAGAUUGGGGUAAGGAAGAUGAUUCCAAUCUGUUAAUAGGUAUCUAUGAAUAUGGCUAUGGCAGCUGGGAAAUGAUAAAAAUGGAUCCUGAUCUCAGUUUGACACAGAAGAUUUUACCUGAUGAUCCAGAUAAGAAGCCCCAGGCCAAGCAAUUACAGACCCGUGCAGAUUACCUCAUUAAAUUACUGAAUAAAGACCUUGCGAGAAAAGAAGCACAAAGAUUUACUGGUGCAGGAAAUUCAAAAAGGAGGAAAACAAGAACGAAGAAGAACAGAGCAACAAAAGCUGCAAAAAUUAAAGAAGAAAUAAAAAGUAACUCCUCAUCACCCCCCUCAGAAAAAUCUGAUGAAGAUGAUGAGGAUAAUGAGGAUGAGAUUGUUUCAGUGAAACAGCCACAUAAAAAAAUAAAAGCAGAAGAAAAUGAAAAAAAGCCUGAGUCAGAUUUUGGUAUAAAGAAACAAACUGAAGAAAAAAGAGAGACAAAAGAAAAAGAAAAUAAGAGGGAUCUGAAAAGGGAGAAAAAAGAAAAAGAGGAUAAGAAAGAAUUAAAAAAUAUCAAAGAAAAUGGAGAAAAAAUAAAAGAAUCUACACAGAAAGAAAAAGAAGUAAAGGAAGAAAAGGUAAAUGAAAUCAAAUCUGAAAAUAAAGAAAAAAAUAAAAAAGGUUCAUUGUUGAAUAUUCCAGUUCAUAUUACUGCAACUAGUGAACCAGUUCUUAUAUCUGAAGAACUGGAUCAGAAGACAUUCAGUGUGUGCAAAGAAAGAAUGAGGCCUGUCAAAUCAGCAUUGAAACAACUGGAUAGACCAGAGAAAGGUCUUUCUGAAAGGGAACAGCUGGAGCAUACUAGACAGUGCCUAAUCAAAAUUGGGGACCAUAUUACUGAAUGUUUAAAGGAGUAUACAAGUCCUGAACAAAUUAAACAGUGGAGAAAAAACUUGUGGAUUUUUGUCUCUAAGUUUACAGAAUUUGAUGCCAGAAAGCUGCACAAGCUGUAUAAACAUGCAAUCAAAAAACGCCAAGAAUCUCAGCAACACAGUGACCAGAAUAUUAGCAGCAAUGUGAAUACACAUGUAAUUAGACAUCCAGAUGUUGAAAGACUGAAAGAGAAUACAAACCAUGAUGACAGUAGCAUGGACAGUUAUUCUUCUGAUAGACAUUUGUCACAAUACCAUGAUCAUCGUAAGGACAGGCAUCAGGGAGAUGUUUAUAAGAAAAGUGACUCUAGGAAAAGGUCUUAUUCAGCCUUCAGCAAUGGAAAAGACCACAGAGACUGGGAUCACUAUAAACAAGACAGCAGAUACUAUAGUGAUAGUAAACAUAGAAAGUUGGAUGACCACAGGAGCAGAGGUCACAGGUCAAACCUGGAAGGAAUUUUAAAAGACAGUCGGCCUCAUUCAGAUCAUUGUUCCCAUUCAGAACACAGGAUACAUUCAGAUCACCGUUCCACUUCAGAGUACAGCCAUCAUAAAUCUUCCCGAGAUUAUAGGUACCACUCAGACUGGCAAAUGGACCACAGAGCUUCUGGUAGUGGCCCAAGGUCACCAUUAGAUCAGUGGUCUCCUUAUGGUUCAAGAUCUCCUUUAGGACACAGAUGUCCAUUUGAACACUCAUCCGAUCACAAAAGUACACCUGAACAUACAUGGAGUAGCUGGAAAACAUAACAGAGACUGACAUUUUCUGGAGCCUCUUUUAGCCAUAUACAGUAAGCUAACACAGUAAUUGCCUUAUGUAACUUGAAAGAUGUGGACUGGAUAUUCUCUUAGUAGCAGUAUUGUUACUUCUUUCCAGGGUGCAAGGUCUAUUAUCCCAACAAAGAAAAAAUAUUUUUGUAUCUAAAGUUUAUGCUGCACUGUGCUGCAAAUGUUGUGGCACUUUUCUUUCUUUCUCCUCUCUUUACCAAGAAAUGGUAAAUGUUUACUUUUACAGGGACCCUAACACUGCCCCAUUUCAAAUGGAUGUCACAAAACUGUAUUUAGUCUGAAAAAAAAGAUUAAAUUAUGUUUGCAAAUGAAUUUUUAAACACUGGCUUGUGAUCAUGUUUCAGGAACAAAUGAGAAGUUUGAUUUGUUUUCUUAGCAAAGAAUUCUCAAGGAUUUUUAUUCACGUUCCAAAGCUAUUUGUUUACAUUGUACACUGCAACCACCUUGCCGCUUUUCAUCACAAGCAUGAACACUUAAAUUCAGUACCUAUAAAUGUAAAUUACCCAGAUAUUCUCCUGUUUGUGAUGAGUUGUAAUAAUGCAUUUUUACAAAAUAAAAUAA